CACAGAGCAGACUGAGCCGUGGUCCGGAGGCUCGAAAACGGGGAAUAACUGAGGGAUUACAGUGAAUUUAUUGCACCACGCAAAACGAGAGGAGCGAAAUGUUGGUUACCGGAGCGGAUUGGACUCUGACGCUGUUACGGAUAUAGCAUCUUUGAGUGAGACUUUGCCUGUUUGCUUGCCGGUGCAGACCCGGACACAGACAACACAGAGACAGAAAGAAGUACCAGAGCCGCCGCGACACCAGCGAGCGAACUUGGCUUCUCUCUGCCCGGUGGGAGGUGUCUGUCUGUCGGCUGUGGCUCGCUGCACGCACCGCCACCGGCUUCGCUUCUUGGACCUUUUUUGAAGUUGAGCCUGUUGCAGUUGUAGCUAAAUUAUAUCUUUGUAAAUAGCUUUUUUUCUUUCUUUUUUUUUUAGGGCUUUUCGACAACCAACUGUGGCUUUAAUGUGACGCACUAUACUGACAUUAUUGCGGUGUGUCGGAGCGGACCCCCCUCUGCAGAGGAGUUAAAUGCUUUGAAACCAAGUUUUACUUUUCACAUUUCUACGGUGCCAACGCAGCCCACACAGAUGUAAGAGGGAAAAGGUCAGAAGCAGAUCAAGCUGGGCCAGGCAAGGCCAGGCUAGGCCUACCUAGCCUUCUGUCUGGCCUUACCAGACAGGCCAGUGACCUCUCCAGAGGGUCUCCAACCAUCAUUUGACCUCACCAGACUUCCAAGUAGAUCUUUAAGGAUUAAAAAUUCCAGUUAUAUUCUGUCUUAUCAGCCUUCGGGAGGCCACACUGGUCUGCUGGAUCUCAAAUCCUUCCAUGUCGUGGUCGCUCCUACCUGGAUGUUGGCAGCAGGAUGGAUUCAGGUGUUAAUUUGACGUUUAUCACUUCAUUGCAGUGCUUGCAUCCCCCCUCCCUCUACUGUCUUUCAACCUGCCCCUCCCCAAUCUCGAAGAGAAGGCCCCUUCCUCUCUCCCGGGGCUUCCCAGAGCCCUGCUCAGAAGGGCCUUGUAGGAACUGUAGGCUGUCGUUUUGAAACUGCUGACAUUGAAAAGAGGAAGAAGAGUUAAUAAAUCUUUGCCUAAAAGAACACAACACAAUGAAAAUGUCUGGAUUCAAUAGAUUUGAUUGAGCUUUUUUUCCUGUAACCCACCCCCUUUAGUCUUCUCUGGAGUCAGAUAAGAGGUUGGAUAGUUUUUGAUUUGAAAAAGAAACUUGCUAGUUGAGUAGUAAAACAAAUCCUUGUUCAUACUUACAGAAGUUCUCUGUUUUGGUCCAAGUCUUUAGGAGGAAUGUCUGAAAGCAGCAGCAGCAGCAGCAAAGUAGUGAAAUUCAUUGCUCCGGCCCCCCCUUCGGCCUCUCCCUGUCCAUCACCCCAGUCCGUCCACAAAAAUGUGAACGGUGCUGCCAGUUCAGACACACAUGUGGUAGAAAAGCUGGGUGGACAACCUGAGGUCCAACGUCGACGCCACACGAUGGAUAGAGACUCUAAAACAGCCGAGCACCGCUUCUUUCGCCGGAGUGUCAUCUGUGACUCUAAUGCCACAGCAUUGGACCUCCCCAGCAAAGCGGCACUGAUACUCACGUCACCUCCAGACUGUGAGGGGCUUCCCACCUUUUUCCCUCCACAAAUCUCUGGUCCCGGACCUCAGGCGGGAGAUGCUGAAGGCGGGGAGGUCCAAAGCGUAAACCUCCAGUCUGGUCUCGGGAUAUGUCGGGCACUUUCGGAGGGGGACUUUAGAAAUGCUGAGGUAGAUUUAGGUGAAACCAGUAGCACCGUUGCUGUUCCCAUUUGCAGUGGUGUUGAGCACAGUGCAGAUAGGGCAGUUAAAGAGCCCACCCCGACAGUAUUGGAUGUUACAGAAAAAACAGUUGGAAAACAACCUGAUGUCACGUUGCAUCCAGGGGACAGACAACAGGUAGUAAAAGAUGUAAAAGAGGCGGACUCUGGUAGUGCUAGUAGUCCAACCGAGGAGAAAGAGAGGGAGACGGAGGAGGAGAAGGGGCUUGCAAAAGCCCGGGCAGAGCAGAGGGAGGCAGAGAAACGAGUGCAAGACGACAUAGAGGAGGUGGAGACUAAAGCUGUUGGGACUUCACCAGACGGACGCUUCCUAAAAUUUGACAUCGAGAUUGGAAGAGGUUCCUUUAAGACAGUGUACAAGGGACUGGAUACAGAGACGACAGUGGAAGUGGCGUGGUGUGAACUUCAGGAUCGCAAGCUGUCCAAGUCGGAGCGUCAACGCUUCAAAGAGGAAGCGGGGAUGUUGAACGGUCUCCAGCAUCCUAACAUUGUCCGCUUCUAUGACUCCUGGGAGGGACCGUGCAAAGGAAAGAAAUGUAUUGUUCUGGUCACUGAGCUCAUGACAUCAGGCACACUGAAAACCUACCUGAAGCGUUUCAAGGUGAUGAAAAUCAAGGUCCUGCGUUCAUGGUGUCGACAGAUCCUGAAAGGCCUUCACUUCCUGCACACCAGAGCCCCGCCCAUCAUUCACAGGGACCUGAAAUGCGACAACAUCUUCAUCACGGGGCCUACGGGUUCCGUGAAGAUAGGGGACCUGGGUUUAGCCACGCUGAAGAGGGCCUCGUUUGCAAAGAGUGUCAUAGGUACUCCCGAGUUUAUGGCUCCAGAGAUGUAUGAGGAGAAGUACGAUGAAUCCGUAGACGUCUACGCCUUCGGGAUGUGCAUGUUGGAGAUGGCAACCUCAGAGUACCCCUACUCUGAAUGUCAGAACGCUGCGCAGAUCUACAAGCGGGUCACUAGUGGAGUGAAGCCUGGCAGUUUUGACAAGGUAGCCAUUCCUGAGGUGAAGGAAAUUAUAGAGGGCUGCAUCAGGACAAACAAGGAUGAGAGGUAUGCUAUAAAGACCCUGCUGAACCAUGCGUUCUUCCAGGAGGACACAGGCGUCAGGGUUGAACUGGCAGAGGAGGACGAUGGGGAAAUGAUCGGCAUCAAACUGUGGCUCAGGAUAGAAGACGUCAAGAAGCUCAAAGGCAAAUACAAAGACAACGAAGCCAUCGAGUUCUCCUUUGACCUGAAUAAGGACGUCCCUGAAGAUGUGGCCCAGGAAAUGGUUGAAUCCGGCUACGUUGCUGAGGCCGACCACAAGACCAUGGCCAAGGCGAUCAAAGACAGAGUCGCUCUGAUCUUGAGGAAGAGAGAACAGAGACAGCUGGUACGAGAGGAGCAGGAGAAGAAGAGAAAACUGGAGAGCGAACAACAGCUGCAGCAGCAACAACAGCAACAGCAGCAACAACAACAACAACAACAGCAACAACAACAACAACAGCAGCAACAACAACAGCAACAAGAGGCACUUAAAUCAGCACACACACAGGCAGAGGUAGAGGAGACUGAGGCGGAGCAACAGCAGCAUCACUAUCAGCAAACCGGCAUCUCACACACAUCUGAAGGAGGUUUGGACAGCGGGCAGAGCUCCUCUGUUUUCUCCUCAGACUCCUUCCACCUGGGUCAGCUGACCAUGUCAUACAGCGGCCCCCCCUCCAACCAGCCCCCUUCCCAGCCCCAAACCCCCUACCCUCUCACCUCUUCUUCAACCCCUCAGCAGCACCCAGGCUACGCCCAGCCACCGCAGCCAAUGCAGCAUACAAUGCCGCACCCCUACAGUGGUGGAGCAGGAGGAGGAGCAGGAGGGAGCAACCCUCUUCCAAAUCUCCCAGACCCCUCUGCUUUUUUCUUUCCCUCCAUCCCUGAACGCCCCAUUUCAUUCUCACCUCCCCCCACCGGGCCUCCCAAGGCCUACAACACACAGAGACGUAAGAGCACGUCCAUCCUUGAGGCACACACAAGACACUUCCAGCCUGCCUACCCUCGCUAUGGGAGCAGCCUGCAUCCUUUUUCUGGGAUGGAGGGAGUUGAGACCCCUUCUUUCUACAUGGUAAAUCCCAGUUUUGCUGCAGCUGCGCAAAGACUUGGCGUUGGGGAGCCACUGCAUCUCCCAGGACAGUCUGAUCCAAGUAUGUACGCCUAUAAAGACAUGAGAGCAGAGCACGAGGAAGCAGUGAGGAGAUUAAGUUUGAAUCAAGCUGCCUUAUUGGACCAUUACGAAGCAAUGGCAUAUGGAGGUUACCCAAUGACUGCCCACCAGCUUUUCCAUCAGCAGAGGCAAGCCGCUGCCGCAGCUGCUAGUUUGGUAUAUGAACCUGUUUCUGCACCACAACCAGCAUUCUUGCACCCACACCUUAUCCAAAGAAUGAGUGCACACAGCCCAAUCCCUCAACCCUUAACACCAAUGAGUGCACCCGCAGGUGCCGGUGUUACUUCUUCCUCAUCAGAUGGGUGCUAUCCUCCAGCUCAGCAUGCAUCUCCGUCUGCUUUCUCCAAUUCUGCACCUCCAGUAAUGUCUGACACUCAAAUGCCAACUGGUAGUGUGUUUGAGUUCCAUUUAGCUGCAGCUGCCGCAGCUGCUGCAGGAGACCCAAGCGUCCUCGCAUCCAGACUCUACCGGGCCCGGAGGAGCUCCAUGGAUCUCCCUCUAGAAGACAACACUGGAACUGGAUCAGGAGGUUCAGGCACCUACAGCCGUCUCCAACCUGUGACAGAAGAGCUGUACUCAUACAUCAGUCCUGAGCUCCCCCUACCGCCAGGAAGUCUGCUUUUCCACCACACAGGUUUAGCUGCUAAAGACAGAAGCCCAGAACCCUCUAGUGAUUCCAUGGCCUCUUCUGACGCAGGGGAGUUUCAGUCGCCUCCUCCCCCUCUCCUCCUUCCAUCAAAUGACUCCUCUGCCGCUCAGUCCAUCCCUCACUCCUCAUCCCUGUACGAGUCAUUCGGAGUAGUUUAUUCCAUAGAUCCCCAGGGACAUCCACCCUCCAUGCAGAGCUUUCUCCCUCCCACUCCAUCCUCCGAGCUCCCACUGGGGGAAGCAUCAGCGAGUCAGCUGGAGUCUAUGAUCCAGAGUGCCUGGGCCCGGCACGGAGGGGUGGUACCAGCCCAACCUGAUAUGACGUACCAUGAGUCCUUGCUGGCCAUGCAGGCCACGAACCCCAGUCUGCAGCAGGUUCAAGCUGCCCCCCCUCAGCCCUCUCCAGGACCCCCUCUUGUCCCUGCCACCAGCCAGCCAGCUCCUCCUGGCACCUGCCAACAAGUCGCUUCAUCCAGUCAGAGUGUUGCAUCAGUUCAGAGCCCCACACACACAUCUCUGCCGCAGGCGUAUGCACAGCCCAGUGUAACUCCAUCUGCUGUUCCCUUGGUGACCCUGCCCUCUCCGCCAUCCCUCCCCGUUACCAUGCCGACUGCGGCGAUGGCCUCCCCUCCCUCUCCUCUGCCAGCCCCUGUUAGAGUGGUGCCUACUACUGUUGUUUCCCCUCCUCCUCCUCCUCCUCCUCCUACUCCUGUGCCCACACCCGUGCCUCAGCCGUUGGCCACUGUGGUGCCAAUCAUCAGUGUAGUCACCGCCCCGCCUGAUACCCCCAUGGAAGCCCCUCCCCAGUCCGCCUCUCAGUCUUCAGAGCUGUCCCAGUCCCAACUACAGCCGCCUCAAGUACUUUCAUCAAUAGAGAGUGGUCACUCUGAAACUUCAGGCCUGAGCGACGGAAAUGAAGGUGGAGGUCGCCAUGAAGGUCGCUCCACUAAACGACAUCAGAGACGCUCUGUGCGAAGUCGAUCGCGCCAUGAGAAGAUCUCCAAGGCCAAACUCAAUGUUCUAAGUAUCUCAAACCGAGGAGACAGGGUGGCAGAGUGUCAGCUGGAGACCCACAACAGGAAGAUGGUGACUUUCAGGUUUGAUCUGGAUGGAGACAACCCCGAGGAGAUCGCACAGAUCAUGGUCCAGAGUGAGUUUAUCCUGGAGAGUGAGAGGGAGUCGUUCAUUGAGCAGGUCAGAGAGGUGAUAGAGAAUGCUGAUGAGAAAGGACUGGAGAGAGACCCAAACAGCAAGAUGGGAGGUGAUAUGGUGCAGCAGAUUCCUGUUAUAUCUGUUCCCAUGCCAGACAUCCCUCCCAGUGCUACAGCACAGGUGGUCCAUUCAGCAGGACGGAGGUUCAUCGUCAGUCCCGUACCUGAGGCCAGGCUGAAGGAACAGACGUUUCCUCCCUCUCCUUCUCCUUGUCAUUCUCCUGCCCCUGCACCUCCUGUUGAAAGUGUCCCUCCAGCUUCAGCUCCAGCUCAAUCCCAGACUCCAGGCCAGAAUUUGCUGCUGUCCCAAUCUUCCGGAGCAAUCAGUUUAAAACAAGCCUUCUCUGAGCUCAGACAGAACCAGAAUCAGUUUGAUGCUGGACCCAGCACAGCCCCAGCUUCCAUCCACUCCAGUCAUCCUCCUCUGCAGCCUGCAGCAGCCACUGUCCCCACACAGGCCAGCUCUGUCACUCCUCCUGUGGAUUUAACUGCCGGACUUGUCCCUUCAAAUCAAAACCAGACUCUGGGGCAAGUCCCGGAAACCCCCUCCUCCGUCCCCCCCUCUGUGUCUGCUGUCUGUCUCAGCCCUCCUUCUUCCUCCUCCCCUCCUCCUACUGUGGUGAAUCAGUCCAUCCUUCAGUCACAGGUACUUUCACAGGCAGGGAUUCAGGCCGUGUCUCAAACCCAGGGACAGGUGCAGGUCCAGGGACAAGCACAAAUUCAGCCCCAGGUCUUCACCCAGCCUCCGACUCAAACUAUUUCUGCAGCCACUGCUACUUCAGUCCCUUCAACAAUGCUCACCUCCCCUCCUGCUGCCCAGACUGCUCCUCGUGUAACCUCUCCACCCUCCUCAUCCUCAACUAUUAUCGCCAGUGACGUCUCCUCCGAUCUCCCGUCAGGCUCCCCCGUCACCUCCUCCACUCCCUCUCUUUCUUCCACCGUCAUCCCCACAACCGCCAUCCCAGGCCCCCAGCUCGCUCCUUCUGCCGCCAUAUCCUCCCACCCCUCUCCCCCUCCCUCCACCACUUCCUCCUCUGCUGUGGGACUGCAGCCAGUGACCACAAAUGUUCCUUUGGUUCAACCAACAUUGGUCCACUCCCAGCCACAGACGGCCACCAUGCCUGGUCAGACACACACGCACUGUGGGGAAUGUGAUGCAAGGUGUGAGUCCUCCACUGAUUUACAAGGCAAACCAGACGACAUCCAAGCCCUGGAGAUGAAGCUGCGCUCGCUCUUCAUGGACCUUGGUGGCGGGGUGUCUUCAGCCGACAUGUUAGCAUCCGACCCUGCUUCUGGAACCCAUGCAGCUGGUACUUCAUCCCCAAUAGGACCCUCUUCUACCUCCGGCACAUCUGUCACCACACCUUGCUCCAGUCUGCCAGCUAAUCCUCCUCAGCCCCCCUCCAGUUUAGCACUGGGGUCACCUGUUCCAAUCCAGGGUCCAGGAACACCAAUCUCCACUCCUGCACCCAUUGUUUCUACAGUCAUCCCUGCUGCAUCCUUUGGCCAGACCACUCCAUCCAAACCCCCUUUAUCCAGGGUGCCGGCCAGUUCUCCUACUUCAGAACUCCUGCCAUCUUUCCCUGGACCUUGUCUAAUACAGUCCCAGCAGCCUCUGGAGGACCUGGAUGCUCAGUUAAGGCGAGCACUGAGCCCAGAGACGGUUCCUGUCAGCACGCACACACAGGCCUCUCACAGUGGAACACAUGCAGCGGGACAACCAAUUCCCUUCUCUCUGGAGGAAGAAACAAUGUCCUCUGCGGCUCCUCCCCCUCCUGUUAAACUGGGCAGAUUUCAGGUCUCACUGGCUGCUGAAGAGCCUCCUGUCAAACGCCCCGCCUGCACCGAAUCCUCCUCCACCACCUCCUCCUCUUCCUCUUCUUCCUCCUCGUCCUCCUCCAGUCUCUCCAGCCCGGAGAACACGCUGCACAAGGACUCCUCGUCUCCUCUGAGAGUCGGCGGAAGAGAUGUUGUCGAUGGACUACCCCAAAAGACUCUGGAAGGGUCCCACCAACCUUCCCCUAUUACCUCACCCUCCCCCUCUCCUAAGCCGCCCACCACCAUCGGACGCUUCCAGGUUACUACUAGCACUGAGGCUCGUGUUGGACGAUUCUCUGUGAGCCGAGCCCAGGAGCAGAGCGCUGAGUCGAGACAGACGCCUCCACCUGCUGCAAAGGCUACAAAUGGACCCAGUGAUCCUGGGCAGCUUUUGAGUCCAGAUUCUACUCAUAAAGCCUCGCUACCAAGUCUCAACAACUCCUUUAACAACUCCUAUGUCAGCAGUGACAACGACUCCGAAUUUGAGGAUGAAGACUUUAAACGGGAAGUCGGCCGCCUCAGAGAAAAGCACAUGCGUGAGAUUCAGGCGCUACACUCCCGCCAGAAGGAGGAAAUAGACUGCCUCUUCACAAAACUUGGAAAGGUUCCUCCAGCUGCUGUGCUCCCUCCAGUUGUAUCCCUGACUGGCAGGAGGAGACGACCUACCAAAAGCAAAUCGUCCAAAUCAUCCAGAACCAGCUCCAUGCAUGGCAGCAAGAGCCCUUUACAGCCAGGCAGCACUUUAUCCGCCCAGAGCGUCCCCACCAUGUACCCCGGCCAGCUGGUUCUGUUAGCCCCAGGAGGAUUAGCCGAUUCGGGCGGCAGCACAAUGCUCCAGCCAAUCAAACCCUCUCCCUCCAGCAACAACCUGUGCUCUGCCUACACCAGCGAGGGGGCGCUGUCCGUGCCCAGCCUGUGUGCUCCCACCCCAGGCUGUGUAAAGUUCAGCUGGGGUUCGGAGCGUUUGGCCCUCAAGCCUGGCGGCAGGAGGACGCGCUUUCUGAGGAAGAUGGUGAAAAAAGUCUGCCCCUGCAACCAGCUCUGUAGGACUAACAGCACCAACGCAGUGAGUGGUUCAGGGGGUUUGGGUCAGAGCCAAGGUGGUUCUCAGUGUCUGCCCCCCAACAUGUCAGCCCCACACCAGAGGAAAGGAACCUUCACCGACGACCUCCAUAAACUGGUAGACAACUGGGCCAGAGAUGCCAUGAACCUCUCACAGGGGAAGAGGAGUGCCAAACAGCUGCAGCAGACCCCAGCACAAGGACACAGCUAUGAGGUGAUCCAGUCUGCCAGUCUGGGCAGGAAGUACUCUGCACCCAGCCAGCUGUGUCCCAGCAGCAUCGGAGGCUCCGCCCACCUCCCUUCAAACCCCACCACCGCUACCUCUAUGGCCGUCCGCAAGGGCUCCCUGUGCCAUCCGCCCGCUUCCUCUACUACACCUCAACCCCAGCCUCCCCAGUUCAUCCACUACACCCCCACCGCCGCCUACAGUGCACAGUGGUCCGGUCCUGGUCACGGCCUCUCGACUCCACAUCAGGCCCCUGCACAGCCCGGGCCCCUGCUGGUCAGCACUUCCCAGCCCUUAGGCCCCUACCCAGCAGUCUCGGUAGGAGGUCAGGGCCAGAUCCCCGGGCAGGGUCCACUCCAGGCUUUCCAUCUUGCCCACUCUCUGCAAAAAUCUGUCAGCAACCCAGGAGGACCCAACCUGAGGACCACGUAGGGCUGGGGGAGAGGGCUGGAGUGAAUCACGGCCCGCCUGGUCAGAACAGAAAAACAGAGUGUUAUACGCUAGAUCUGCCAGAGAGGAUGGAAGAACUGGAGGAUGCAAUGAGUUUGAAAUAAAAUAAGCAGAAAGAAAACAGGAAAAUAAAUAAGGAAUACAAACUCUGUAUCCAUCCUUUUGUGCAAGAAGCUGUCGCAAAAAGCAGUCCAUGAUCUCCUUGGUCUGUUGUUUUGGACUGAAGUCUUGUGACAGCUCAAAGAUUAAGAAAAAAGACUCAUGAGUGCAAUGUUAAAGGCCAAAGAGGUAUUGACAGGGUGCAGGAUUGGUAUUAGUAACUGUUGCUGUUAUGUUAAGGCACUUAUCGCUUGGUCACACUUGUUCCAUUUCAGGCAUUAACUUAAGUGAACAACAGUCUAUGAGGCGGGUCAAACAGUUGCAGAGGAGAUGUUAUAACAUUUCGAGGGGGAGGAAUGUGGGGGCCAGCCUUUAAAGAAACCAAAUUUAGCCCUUUAGCAGCUCUUAAUAGCUUCUCAUGCUGAAGUAGUUUCAAAGAUUUGAAUCUUUUGGCUCUUUUAUUGAGUAUUUUGGAGAAGAAAAAAAAAGCUCUCAAGCUCUUAAAGCAGAUACUAACAUGCAGAAAUUCCCUUAAAUGAGAUUGGGACUCUACAAAGAGAGGAGCAUGGCUGGUCAGCACAAUCAGGUUGUCUGUUUUACUGUAACAUGCUUGUCAAAAAGCUGCAUACAGCUGCAGAUAAAAGCUUUGAUUACAGGUGGAAGCAAAAUGAAAAGGUGUUGGAUACAGCGUGUGAGUGUUUGCUCUUUAGUAUUUACAAUCUGGUCAUUCCUCCUAACCAUUAAAAGCACAAGAAAGUCCAAAAAAACAAACCAUUGGGAAAUAGAAAGUCUGGAUCUUAGCUGCCUAAUUUAGCGUAAGUGUAAUCCAGCACAUGGUGGAUUUGUUCACCUGUAAGCUCGAGUCAUGACAGCUACUCCUCUGUUACCUUCUGUGUCUUGCUCCUCCCUUGUUCUGACAAACUGCUCAAACAGAUGGAGAACGAUGGAGGAGAGAAAGAGGACAAAGAAGAGCAAGAGCAGAGAGAGACUGUGCUGGUUUUACGUAAGAAUCAAACACCUCGUCCAUUGUCCGAUUAAAGUACUGAAUGGACAGAUGCUUCUGCACAACAAACGCCUCCUCACCAUCACGACUCCACCUCUUCCUCCAUCUCUCCCUCUGUCCGCCUGCCUCUCUGUUGCCAUUUGAAGCAAUAACAGCAGAAACCUUUUAGAGAAAACGUGAGCGGACUCGGCGUGAAACAGUGGCCUUGUUAUCAGAGUAAUAUCGAGUCCCUGUACAGUUUGUGUCUCGGUUCAUUUUUUAGAAUGUCAGCUAUUAUGAUUCCAUUUUGUUAUUUUUAUUUUGUUUUGUUGGGUUUUGUUUGGCUUGCUGCACUCGCACACACACAGACAGACAUACAGUACAUUACACACACACACACACACACACACACACAGACUUAUGUACAGAUAUGCACAUUGAGGCGUAGCAGCAGUUUAACAGAGUGACACAUUAAUGCCUCAGUUCUCAUUAUCAUUAGUUUGCUUUCAACAUGUGUGUUGAAAUGAUUGCAAUGUACAUUAAUGUCAUAAUUAUUGUUGUGAAUGAUUAUUAUUCUAUUUAAAAAGAAACAAAAACAAGAGUGUGUUCUGUCGACGGACCUGUUAUGCGAGCACAUCGGUGUGCGAUGUGAAAACACUGUGAUUAUUGUUGUUUAUUCUCAGACGAUGUUGUUGGACAACGUUAGUUUGAGGAUGAAAUGUCACAAAUUAAGAAAACAAAAGCAAACUGAGGACGGCUUGGGGAUGCUUUCACUUUCAAUUCUUUGCAACUUUAUAAAAUAGAUUCUUUGAAUAAUGUGAAAAAAAUCCUUCUUUACAAUAAUCGUCCUUUACAGUCAGCUUUGGAGGACGUUUAUCCAAACAAAUGCCUUACAACAACUUAUCGACUGCAGCUUCAGUUCCUUAAAAACGGAUCAUAUUGAAAGUGGAAAGUGACCUCAUUGCUGGAUUAUUAAAACAAACCGGGGUGAAUAGUUGAUAUUUAGAUAAUAAAGUAAUGCUAGCUAUUUUUUCUUAAUACAGUACUUAUAUAUCAGACACUUUAAAUAGCCCUCCUCUUCCCUUUCUCCCCUGGUUCUGUUAGAUGAAUGUGAAUGUAUAAACCAAUGGUGUCCAUUUUAAUGUACUUGAAAACUGUCUUUAAUUUUUUUCUUUUUUCUUUUGCUUCCCCCCAACCCCCCCCCCCCCCCCCCCCCCCCCCCACCAUCACCUAUCGAGCCUCUGGUGAAAUCUAGAGGUGCUCACUAGUGCCUUGCAUCUUUCCUGUUGCUUGUUGUGUUGGGGGUUGACGACUUUGAGUUAAAGUAAGCACAUUUGGCAGCAUGUGUGGAGAGUUUUUGGGGGUGUCACUUUGAAGUCAGUGGUUGGAUUACAGGCAGGUAGUAGAUGGCUGUUAGCUGUUGAUGUGUGUGCUACAGCUGGUUUGUGGUUUAUUCUCUUUGAUAGUGUAAAGAAGAAUGCUUCCACAUGUUGGAUUGAAAAAAAAUUCAAUCGUAACUAUUAACCUUAACUUAGCCUAACUCUGCUGCCACUGAAGGCCGAAACACAGGAGGCCUGACUGUGACUUUAGCCCAGUUACUACACCAUAGCUAAAAGAUGGAGGGAAUAUGAGAGUUUAUCAGUGACUUUUUUUUCAGGGUUUUUACAUGUAGAUAUUGGAGGAAAAGAGGUGCGUUUAUAUUUUUUCAGGAGGGAGUCAUUAAAGAUUGUAUUUGAAGCUUGGACCACUCUGUACUUUAGGCACUGGCCCACACAGGAGCAGGAUUCAGUCAGCGAAGGACAAAUCGGUAAUCAAAGUGAAUUCAUCUAUUAGGUUUGACCUAUCUCUCGCUUUCAUUCUAUUUUUUUACCAAAAAGUAACGAUGAUGUGACCUCUGGAUUAGGGUCACCCAUUCAGUGAGCAGUGAGUGCAUUUACCAAGGCACAUCUAUUAUAAACUUUACAGUAAAAUGACUACAGCCCAAAGCCCCUGAAAACAUUUUUAUUUCUAAACAAGCAGCAAUCUGUGCAAAAACAAACAUGUUAAGAUAUCUUCUAUGAAUAGUUUGACACUGAAAAACUCAACUAUUUGGCUUUAUCAGCAGUAUUUUGGAGGGUGUUUGUUACAGUUAAGAUUGACAGUGACAAAACGUGCCUCCAUCUGAAUCCUGAUUGGUGCACAGAAGAAAGUUUUUUCCAACUGAGCUCCACCCACUUAGAAAAUGUGAUGAAAGAAAUAAAUGAUUUUCUCCUGUGAAAUAACCCAAACUUCCCUUUUUCUGCCGUAUUUGAUUUCAAUCUAGGAAGUUUUCAGUGUCAAAAGCAGCAGAAAGAAAUGCUGACUGCAAAGUUACAGGAGCCGUAAUGAUUCUCAAGUGCAACCCAUUUUUUAAUCCCACUAGGAACAUGUUGGCUGUCUUACAUUUUAUUACCCCAGAAGCAUUUAAAAGGCCGCAGAGCUACACUGUCUUUUUAACAGAUGUUGUAGCCUAAUCAUCUCAGACGUGCUGCUUGAGGACAAAAAAGCAAAUCUGCAAAAGGUAUGAAAACUGUCUCAUUCACAAUCUGCUCCCACUGUAUAGUUCUGCAGCUGCAGCGUUGGGGGUUUAUUCACAAAGAGAAGAAGAAGAAGAAGUGUUUUAAGAUGGGGGUGUCACAGUGCUAGGGGUGGUGUUGCUGGUGGUUAUGGUGAUUGUGAUGAUGAUGAUGAUGGUGGUGGAAGUGAUAAUGGAGUUCUGGUGGUUUUAGAUUCAAGGCCUUAGACACCCUGUCCUCUUGUUUUUUUCUUUUAUCAGAAACAUGUCUGGUACAAACUUAGACAUUCACUUAUCUGUUGAUAUUCUGGGAAUAGGCGUUACUUUGUACAAAACAAACAAACACGCAUUGCUUUUGCCUGAGACAUUUUCCAUUUCUCGUGAAUAACAAUGCAACAUUUUUACUUGGCAAGUUUGGUUGAAGCUGUGAAUAAUCAUUGAGCCACUUUGCUUUAGUUAAGAGCAUUCUGUUCUUUGUGAUUAGAAGUCAAACCUUUAAUAAUCGGAGGACAGAAUACAAAAAAACAAAAGAGUGUAUGAACCUGCUUUUUUUUCACUGGAGCUGCUUUGAUUGACAGGUAACAACCUGGAUUUUCACAUUGUCAUUGCUCUAGCCUCGAUUGAUUUCCGCAGUAGAAGUUGGAUGCUUUUUUGCCGUGUUUCUACGUCAUUACUACAGACAGAAUUAAGAAAGCAAUGCAAUAUUAUUUAAAGAUACAGUUAGUUUAGAUUACAGAUGGGUUCAAAGUUAUGCACCUGCUGGAGGACUCUUAUUUUGAAAGCUCUAUCAGUUGUCGUGAAGUUGUUUCAGAGUCGUGAUGGAGGGCUCUUACUGUGAAAGGCUUGGGUGUGAUGUAGUUAGGGCGCUCUUAUUGUGAAGUAUCCUGAAGGUGACACAUGCAGUGUAGCAAUGGUUGUUUUUCUUUUUACUCGCAUUACAUUCAGUUUUUGCCUGUUUGGGACUUGCUUAUCUUUUCUGCUUUUGACUGUAGAAGUGCCCACAUGUACAAAAUGCCUUUCAGAUCAACACACACACACACACACACACACACACACACACACACACAGACUCAGUGCAUAACCUUGCUGUUUCACAUUGCUCUCUCCUGUGGAUUGAUGUCGAUUCUCGAGCACAGCGACUAUUUCUCCUACAGACUGUUACUGAAAACAUGUUGAUUAUGUUUCUGCUCUCACUGAUGUUUUAUAUUUUAUUUGUUUUAUCAGCAGUUUUAAUGUCUCUAGCGGCACCUAACUUAAUUCAGUGGUUUCAUUUUUUCUGUAACGUGUUUGACAUUGUACAAAGUGGUUGGAUAAAAACAAAACAAGGAUGAAUGAAUGAAAGAAAAUCAAAAAGAUACAUGUAGGGAGUCAUCGGCAGCCUUUCAAGGUAUGUUUUGCACUAAGUAUAGAGUGUUCAAGCUUCAUAUUAAAAAAAAAAGUUUGCGCUUUGCGCUACAAAACAAUGAAAUUUGUUACUUUAUUUGUAAAAACUUAAUGAAUAAAAGUUGUUCAAAUGAA